AUGGCUCCUCCCCGCCGCUCCCACUCGGCGGCCCCCCGAUCCCGAUCCCGCUCUCGUUCCCGAUCUCGCUCCCGCUCCCGCUCCCACCACCGCCACCGAUCCAACUCCCCCAACAGCCGGCGCUUCGACCCAACCAAAAACCCGCAAGAGCUCCUCGCCGACUUCUGGACCCGUUUCCACUCCAAAAAGCAAGGCAAAGUCACCUCCAUCUUCCCCCGCACGCUCUACGCCUCCCUCCUCCCGGGCACCCACGCCAAGGAGGCCCUCGCAGCGGGAGACGACGUUGUCCCCCCGACUCCUGGCGGCGCGCAGCCUCCCACGCGUAAUGCGGCUGAGAGCUAUGAGGCCGCGGCGAGGGAAUGUCGCGAGAGGGUGAGGAGGGCUGUGGCGGAGUGUAAGCGGACCAAUGAGAAGUUUACCGAUCCGGACUUUGAUAUCGAGAGUGAUCCGAUGGAUAAUUGCUUGUAUGGCUUGUAUCGCUGGUGGGAGGAGAUUGACUGGUUCAUGUGGGCCGGGAAGAACGCCGCCGAGGAUAACAAUCACUGGCCUCCUUCUUCCGCAGCAGCAGCGGCGGCGGCGGGAUUGGCCCGCUUCGGUCGCAAUGACGAUGAGGCCGGAAACCGUCCUCGCGGUCGUCCUCGCGAUCCUCCCCCGCCCAAGGAGAGGAAUUCCGGUCCUCCUCAGCGCCUUCAUCCUCCCCCCGCCGCACAUCGGGACGAAUCCCCAAACAAACCGCGCGACAACGACGAAGAUGGCGUCCGCUGGGGCUUCAUGAUCGGCCCUGGCUCCGUCCACCGCGUCUCCUGGAUCUUCGAAAAGCCCCAAUUCACCGUCAACGGCUACUCCUCUUCGGACAUCAUGCAGGGCCGCAACGGCGACUGCUGGUGGCUCGCCGCCGUCGCCACAAUCGCCCACCGCAAGGACCUCAUGGAUCGCGUGUGCGUGGCGCGUGAUGAGGAGUGCGGUGUCUACGGCUUCUGCUUCUUCCGCGAAGGAGAGUGGGUCUCGACCAUUGUCGAUGAUAACCUAUUCCUUACGAAGCCUGACUUCGAUUAUUAUCGCGACAUUUAUGACCCUGCGGGGAAGAGGGCCUUGAGGCAUAGACAGAGGUAUCAGACCGGUUCGGAGGCCUUGUACUUUGCUCGUUGCGACGAUGAGAAUGAGACGUGGCUGCCGCUGCUUGAGAAGGCGUACGCCAAGGUCCAUUGCGAUUAUGCCGCCAUCGAAGGAGGUUGGUCGUCUGAGGGCGUAGAGGAUAUGACGGGCGGAGUUGGCACGACCAUCGCUUCGUCCAAGAUCUUGUCCAAGGAUAAUUUGUGGAAGGAGCUCACUAACUCGGAGGGAGAGUUUGUCUUUGCGCUGUCUGCUAUGGGCACAGGCUGGGACUCGACGAGGAAUGGUCUGGCUCUAGGCCAUGCUUACUCUAUUCUCCAUGCUACUGAGCAAGAGGGCAAGGACGGUACUCGCGUGCGUCUUGUGAAGAUCCGAAACCCCUGGGGCCAACGCGACUCCUACGGUCUCGGCGAAUGGACCGGCCGCUGGUCCGACGGCUCCAAAGAAUGGACCCCCGAAUGGCUCGACAAGCUCCAACACACCUUCGGCGACGACGGCGUCUUCUGGAUGUCCUUCGACGACAUGCUCGACACAUUCAAAUGGAUCCACCGCACCCGCCUCUUCGACUCCUCCUGGACCGUCGUCCACCGCUGGACCUCCGCCAACAUCUCCUGGGUCACGGGCUACCUGCGCACCAAGUUCCGCAUCGAGGUCAAGAAAUCGGGCCUCGUAGUUGUCGUGCUCACCCAGCUGGAUGAUCGGUACUUCGUCGGGUUGGAGGGCCCGUAUUAUUUCGAGCUGCAUUUUGUGCUGCAGAAGGUCGGGAGCGAGAAGGGAGAGCAUGUUUGUCGCGUUAGGCAGGUUCAUAAGUGGGAGAAUAGGAGCAUUUCUUGCGAGGUGGACCUCGAGGCGGGCGUUUAUGAGGUGAUUCCGAAGAUUACGGCUUCGAGACAUGGUGGGAAGGAGACCGUGGAGGAGAUGGUCGUCAAGUAUGCUGAUAAGAAUCCGCAGAAAGUGAGGCAGGUGGGUAUGCAGUAUGAUUUGGCCCAUGCUAAGCCGGGCGUUGUUGAUCACGACCUCGAUAUCGAGAAGAAGAAGAAGGAAGAAAAGGAAUUCGAGGAGAAGAAGAAGGCUCGCGAAAAGGCUAAGAAAGCUAGGGAUAAGGCGAAGGCGAAGAAGGAAAAGGCAAAGGAGAAAUUGAAGGCCAAGAAGCUAAAGGAGCGCGAGAGGCGCAGGAAGCAGAAGGAAAAGGAAAAGGAGAAGAGGAAGAGGCAGAAGGAGAGGGAGCGUCGCGCGAAGGCCAAGGCUCGUCGGGCCAAGGAGAGGGAGCAGCGAAAGAAGGAGAAGGAGGCCGAGAAGCCCGAAGAGAAGAAGGCCGAGGAGGAGGCCCCCGCUCAGGCUGAAGCCGCCGCCGAAGGUGCCACGGUUCCGGCCGAGCAGCCCGCUACCGAAGUCGUCUCCGUCUCCGAACAGCCCAAGGAGACUACCGAGGCCCCGGCCGCCGCGGAUGCCCCCACCGAAACCGCUGAGACCAAGGAAGAAACCUCCGAGCAAGCCACAUCCCCCAAGGCCAAAGAAUCCGACGCCUCCUGGUCCGAAAUCUCCAAGCCCGAAGCCCCCUCUCCACCCCCGGCCAUCACCGACGUUUCCGACUCCGACAUCUCAGAGUCCGAGUCCGAACCAGAGUCUGAAACCGAAACAGAAGAGGAAGAGGACGACGACGACGAUGAGGAAUAUGAAGCCGCGGAAGAAGCCUACGAAGACGAAGUAGAAGCCGAGAAAGAACGCGAAGAAGAAGAGCGCAAGAAGAAGGAAGAGGAGGAACUGGAGCGGAAUAACUUCCAGCUCGAUGCCGAUAAGCCGCUGCCGUGGAACCCCGUCUGCGUCAUGGGGUUGAGGGUGUAUGCCAAGGAUUCGGAGGUGUCUGUUACGCUUGUUGAGAUGAAGGAUGAUGAGGAAGGGACGGCGUUGACGACUGCUGGGGAGCCUGCUGGUGCCACGUCCUGA